AGGCCCACGGGACCCCUCGGCCAUGGAGGCCGGACCUUCGGACGGCGGCCGGGAAACCUCCGACCCGCUCAGGGAGGCCCAGGCCCGCCUGCUGGAAUGCCAAGUGUGCUUCGAGAAGCACGGGGCCUGCAAGGAACGCAGGCCCAGAAACCUCCCCUGCGGUCACGUCAUCUGCCUGGAGUGCGUGGUGGCCCUGGCCCACCCCGAGACCCUCGCCUUCCUCUGCCCCUUCUGCCGGAGGCCGUGCAAGAGCUCGGACACCAGCGACUGCCUGCCGCUGCUGCAGCUCCUGGAGAUCCUGGCCCCCCGACCCACCCGUCCCCCGGGCCAGGCGGCGGUGGCCCUCCAAGCCCGGCCCCGCGCCCCGGGCCCCCUCGUCCUCCGCCGCACCUUCGGGGGCUGGGGGACCCUGCUGAACCCCACCGGGAUGGCCCUGGGCCCCCGGGACGGGCGGGUGGUCGUCGUGCACAACGGCCGGCGGAGGGUCAGCGUCUUCGACGCGGACGGGGCCCGCGUGCGCCAGUUCGGGGAGAGAGGGGAGGCCGGCGGGGACGUCCGCUACGCGCUGGAUGUGGCGGUCACCCCGGACGGCUGCGUCGUGGUCACGGACGCGGGCGCCCGCGCCGUCAAGGGCUUCGACCCGGCCGGCCGGCCCGGCCUGGUGGUCCGCGCUCCCUUCCGCCUGCCCUGGGGCGUGGCCGCGGCCCCACGUGGCGCCGUCCUGGUGACCGACCUGGAGGCCGGGGCCCUCUUCCUGCUCCAGGCCGACGUGGCCGCGGGGACGGUCCUGGAGGCGCGGAGGCUCCGGGCCGGCCUGCUCGGGCCUCGGGGGGUGGCCGUGUCCUCCCGCGACGGGGCCGUGGCCGUACUGGAGCGCGGCGGGCCGGGCCUCCGCGUCAAGGUCUUCUCGGCCUCCAUGAGGCUCCUCGGCCAGGUGGACCCCUUCGGCCUGAGCCUCCUCUUCCCCGCCGAGAUGUCCGCCGCCACCGCCGUGACCUUCGACCCAGAAGGCAACAUCGUCAUCGCCGAUGCCCUCCACGGGGCCGUCGUGAGCCUGGGGAGGCCGGGGACCGCCCUGGACAUCAGGCCCCUCGUCACCCGAGGGCUUUCUCACCCCGUGGCCCUGGCCUAUUCGGAGGAUAAGUCACUCCUUGUCCUCGACGGCGGGGCUCAUUCUGUAGCGGUAUUUAAAGCCAGCUGAUCGGGGAAUUCUCACUGUUGCCCCUUCACUGUUAAUGGCCCUUCGAAGAGUACUUUCCCAAGCGCUUAGUCAGUGCUGUGCACGCAGUAAGCUCUCCGUAAAUACGAUCGAUUGGAAAAACUGCA